AUGCAAGAGUAUGAAAAUUGUAUUUUUGAAAUGGCUAAUCACCUAAAUCAAAAGUGCAAUAUAUCUGACUUCUGUGCGAAUCAAUUUUCCAAGGAACGUUACAAUGGAUCAAAUCUGUUAAAACAAGCCUUUUACUACUUGGCAACUCGGAGUGUAAGAAUUGUUUCGUCAAAUGAUAUUAUUAUUUUCUGGGAAACUAUAGACUUCAUGCCAGUCAAAGGAGGUCAGUUCAGUCAAUCUCGCUUACAAAAUCGGAACACUGAGUCAAUUGUUGAUGUUAGAAUUUCCGAAUUAUUAUUCGUUGUUUAUGGUGGGCUUGGUGGCUACUUGCAGAUGGCACAUCCAGUAAUGAUGGAUGAAAUCAUGUCGUGGCAAGACGAAUCUGGUUGCUUCAAAAUCGUAAAGAAAAAUGAACCCGUACACUCUGAUCUCAUUCACUUUGAACGGGAAGUACAAUUGAAAGACGGAUGUCUUCUUCGACUCACUUCAAUGGCAGCAGCUGCUCUAGCAAUGCAUAUUGGACGUUUCUCAAUAGGUGAAGUUUACAAACCGGAUUUCCAUUACAUUCUCCACAUGGAGAAUACACUUGCCCAAAAUAAGUACGUUUCAGAAUCGCUAUUACCUGUUUAA